GUUAAAUAUAUAUUUCCAUUCUCUUCGUGCCGCAUCCAAGUUAACUAAAGCCUCUCUGAUUCAAAUCACUGGCUCUAGCAAUUCAAAAAAGGACUUAAACUGUUAAUAUGAAUGUCGCUCAAACGUCGAAUCUAUGACCGCUUGUCCCGAUGCAAGUAAACAAGGUCACAUGACACCAUCAACCGCGACCCAAACUCCAAAACUGAGCGGAGGUUCAAAACCGAAGCCACACCAUCAACGCCUAUAUAGACAAACAAAAGUCGCGCGCAGAAUUAUCGCGGGAUACUACACAAAUCCAAGAAAUGGGAAAAUGAGCCCGUACUACGAUCUGAUCUCAUGGCAUGGCAACCAAUGACACCAACAACAAUGCCGCGAAGCUCAAGCCAAAGCCCAGCCUCACCUUCUACCCGGCCUUUUGCUUCAAGGCCUCGCCUACAAAUUUCACAUGGGUGAAGAUAGGUGCUGCGGAUGUGCAUCGGUUGAAGAGAAGGGUGGGGUUUGGAGGAGAACAAGGCCUAUUCUUCUACCAAAACCACCCAAUCCGCUUUGUAAAUCUAGUCGGCAUAAUCGUGGCGCGCACUGACGUUCCGCGCCGAACGAUUCUAACGCUCGACGAUAGCACCGGCGUGACGGUUGACAUUGUUGUUUUGAAAGGGGAUCCUGCGUUCAUUUCGACUGCGACUUCGUCUAACUCGCGUACCUUGAAGGGGGUGAAUGACGGCGAUGGCGACAAAGAUGAGACUCAGAAAGAGUACCACGUAACGUCAACAACCCAAACCCCGAUGGACAUCACAUCCUUACUGCCGGGACGGCUUUUCCAAAUCAAGGGCACGUUGUCGGUUUUUCGCGCGACGAUGCAGGUUCAGCUUGAGCGGUUCUUUACAGUCCCCGAUACUAAUGCUGAGAUGCGCUUUGUUGAGGCGCGCUGCCGGUUUCUACUUGAGGUGCUUUCUGUGCCAUGGGUAUUGGGGGAAGAGGAGAUUGCUGCUCUGAGGGUGGAGGCUGAUGAGGAGGGGUGCAAAAUCGAGGAGGAUCAUGCGAGGGUUAGGAGGAGGGAAAGGAGAAAGGCUGAGAGGGAGGAGAAAGAUAGAAGGAAGAUAGAAAAGGCAUGGGAGCGGGAGGAGGCAUUGAGAGAGCAAGAGGCUAGGGUCGCUCGGGAGGCGGGAAUGGAGUAUAUGCGCGAGGUCGAGAGACAGCGCAGCAAACCAACCUAAACGGUUGGGUUAUAUAAGUGUUUAUAUCACGAUUAAAUAAAUUUAAAUAACAGCGCAUACAUUUGUGGUAUACAUUGGCUGAUAACAAACAGCAUAUGGAUAUCAUUCGUUCGUCAUAAAUCGUCAAAGCAACGCUACUUCACCCAAGAGUAGUAAACCAUACGAAACUAAGACAACACAUGUAAACGACAAAUAUUAGAUGU